UGGCUCUGUGAGGACGUGAAAGGACAAAGUGGACACACAGCUCUGAGGUUUAUCAGAGCAGCUGAACAUGUGGGAUGGACUCUGGUAUUUCCGACGACUCCUUCUCCGUGAAGCCUGAAUAGAAGGAAACGCUGCUCGCUGACUUUUUCCUGCUCACAAAGACGCACUUCCCUUCAGCUCGGCUGCUCAUCUGAAGCUGGACAACCUGCGAGGAACAUGGACGCUACGAUGCUGCUUCUACUCUCCGUCCUGAGCUCCAGCUGUGUGUCUGGUUUCCUCGUCUCAUCCCCCCCGGACAGCUUGUGUCUCUCGGCCCAGGGUCAGGUGGUGCUCCUGGGACGCUGUGAUGUGACGGACCCCACCCAGCAGUGGACGUGGCUGGGCGGAGGCCAGCUGCUCCACGCUCAGUCCUCCAGGUGUCUGUGGGCCGACCCCAGCACCCACCUGCCGCUCCAACACGCCACGCUGAGCGGCUGCAGUACUGCGCCGGCGUGGAGUUGUAACAACACGGACGGUGCAUUUGGAUUGGCUGAUGCUCACCUCUACCUGAACAAACAGGGGACACGUGUUGUGAUUGGAGGAAACCUGCAGACGUCAGAGUGGAGAAAGUACAAGGUUGACUCAGGAGGGAAUCAGCUGAUCACGUCUUUAUGUCCACAGACAGACUCCACUUCUGUCUCCAACAUUUUUUAUUCCUCCACACAUAAACCACUGGGACUCUCCAGCACUGUCGGCACCAUCACAAGUCCUGCCCUCACUGACGAACAAUCAUCAGACACAGCGAAAACCCUCUGGACCACCAGAGACCUCUCAACCUCAGAGGUCCACAGUCCAAUAACAUAUGUGAACAACAUCUCCAAACCUCAAACAAGGAGGUCGGUCUCUGCAGACUUCAGCCCUGAUGAUUCAGUCACAGAGCUGUCGCCUCUAAACAGCAGCCAUGUUGUCUCCUUAAGUCCAGCUGUGUCCACCACUGACAGGUCUGUCUCGGAGAGUACUGACGUCUCGGAGAGUUCGUCAGCAACAAACAUUCUUCUGCUCAAAACCGAAGCUGAGACAACGUCAGGACUGCGAGAAGUUUCCACCGAAAGAGGAGAUCCUGAGACUCGAUCUGCUCCUGUGACUCUGGUUUCUUCCACAGGUUCUUCAGAGACAAACGCCACUCAUCUUCUCUCAUCCAAAGUCACUACUGAGGUCACGACUGAGGUCACGACUGAGGUCACCUCCGAAAUCACUAAUAAGGUCACUGCUGAGGUCUUGUCUGAGGUCACAUCUGAGGUCACGUCUGAGGUCACCUCUGGUGCUACUGUUGGUUUAUCUACAGAGUUGAACCAAAACACAACUGAUACAGCACAUUCAACCACUGACAGGAUCCUUUCACCUGCUUCCACCUCCACCGAACCUCUACCUAUGACGGCUCACUCACUUUCAACAGCGGAUCUGACAUCGAAAUCCACCACGGUCACACGUCCACUGUCAACCCCUGAAGCCCUGCAGAAUGUUUCCCAAUCUUCACCAACAGCGACACUGCUGACAGUUUCUACAGUUCAUCUAAAAGUCUCAGUGGCCAAUGAAGACGCUCCACUUACAUCCUCCACAGCCGGAAGGAUCUCCACCUCAGCUCCAACAGUGACAACUACGAGUCUGGCAAGCACACCUGCAACUACAACCGAACCCAUGACCACACCUACAACCCAAACUGAACCCACCACAGCACCUACAACCCAAAGUGAACCCACCACAGCACCUACAACCCCAAAUGAACCCACCACAGCACCUACAACCCCAAAUGAACCCACCAUAUCACCUACAACCCAAACUGAACCCACCACAGCACCUACAACCCCAAAUGAACCCACCAUAUCACCUACAACCCAAACUGAACCCACCACAGCACCUACAACCCCAACUGAACCCACUACAGCACCUACAACCACAACCGAACCCACUACAGCACCUACAACCACAACCGAACCCUUGACCACACCUUCAACCCCAACCAAACCAACUACAGCACCUACAACCCCAACCGAACCAACUACAGCACCUACAACCCAAACUGAACCCACCACAGCACCUACAACCCCAACUGAACCCACUACAGCACCUACAACCCCAACCGAACCAACUACAGCACCUACAACCACUGAAACUGCAGUCAUAACAACAACCAUUAAAACCACACCACCCAUCACUCCAACCACCAUUACCAGUACCCCACCUGCAGCUCCAACAACAACCACGACCACCACAGCUCCUCCGACUACAACUACACCUCAAACCAUGACUUCAGGAUCAACCGCUACAACUGCCUCCCUCUGCUCUGUGAACAUCACAGACGUCACUUCGACCUCCGGUUCUGUCUCCGUGUCGUUCAGCAGCGCCAGCGUUUCCUGUAACUUCAGCCUGAUCGCUGAUGGUGCCCCGCAGGCAUCUGCUCGCUGUGACCAGGACGGAGCGUCGGCAAGCAGCUUCACCUGUCGUCUCGCUGGUCUGCAGCCAGGGACUCUGUACCCAUUAACUGUCGUCUCAAACACGGACGGAGAGAGGAGCGCCACGUCGGUGCACACAGACCCCGUGGCUCCAGUUGGGUUGGAGGUCCAGCUGGACCCGAUCCAGGCUCAGUGUAAGAGCCGGUCUGCAGUCCAUGCUGGUCCUGUAGGUCUGCGGGUGUCCUGGUCUCGGUCUGCCGGUCACGUGGACUGGUACGAUGUGACUCUGGAGGACUCCAGCUCCGGGUCUAGGACCAGUACCAGAAUCAUGGACUCUGCAGCCCCCCAGUCCGGGUUCACCUCGCUGGUCCCCGGGACUCUAUACACCGUCAGCGUGGUGGCAACCACCGGGGACAAGAGCGCCACACCCAUCAGCAAGACUGCCGCCACAGCUCCGUCUCCUGUAUGCGGCCUGCAAGUGGUGUCCUUGUCCUCGGACAGCCUUAGUGUCUCGUGGUGGGCCGGUCCAGGUCAAGCCGAGCGGGUCCGGGUUCUGCUGACGGAUCAGGACAAGGUUCUGCUGCAGAAUGUCACUCUGAGACACACGGAGACCGCCACCAAGCUGGAAGGCCUGCAGCCAGGGACCAAGUACACCGUCACUGUGGUAAGAGAGGCUGCAGGCCUGCAGAGCAACACCUCCACACAGGCCGUAACAGUCCCCGCGCUGGUCUCAGAUCUGAGGUUGGACAACUUUGGCAGCUCAGACCGUCUGCAGGCGUCCUGGGUCUCACCUGAAGGGGGCGUGGACGAAUACCUGGUGACCCUGUCGGCUCUUGGUUCAACCACCCAGGAGCGCCGCCUACUUCCCAAUGUCACGCAGGUGGUCUUUGAGGAUCUGAUGCCCGGUCGCAGCUACCAGCUGAGAGUCCGUACCACGGCAGGAGGACGGAGCUCUGAGACCAGGUCCAGUGGGAGGACAGUCCCUGAGCCGGUUUCGUCUCUCUCCGUGGCGACCAGCGGUAACGGCGGGAUGCUGAGGCUCACCUGGUCACCGCCCAGAGGAGACUGGGAGAACUACAGCAUCCUGCUAAGGAACGGCUCAGUGGUCCUGGUGAACCGGACCAUCAGUAAACUGAGCCGACAGUAUGCCUUCUCAGCGCUCCAACUUGGCCUGGUGCCGGGCCGGCUUUAUGACGCCGAGGUCACCGUUCACAGCGGCACUCUGGGUAACACGGCGCUCUGCAGCGGACGUCUGGCUCCUGGUCCUGUGCAGCAGCUGGUCGUACGUCAUGCUGAUGAAUCCACUUUGAGCGUCUCGUGGAGUCGGCCGGCUGGCGAGUGGGACGGCUACACAGUGGUCCUCAAGGAGGUGGAUCCUGUUGCCACCGUGGCUCAGAGGGUCCUGCCCUGGGAGGCCAGAGAGUGCACCUUUAACUUCCUCACCUCGGGACGCCGCUACACCAUCACUGUGACCACAAACAUUGGCAACCUGAGCAACUCCGCCUCUGUCAGCGCACGUACCAGUCCCGCUCAGGUCUCGGUGCUGCAGGUCUGGAACCUCGGCAGCACCGACAGCCUGCAGGCACAGUGGGAACGAACCUCCGGAGACAUGGACUCGUACCGCGUCCUGCUGGUCCACGACAGCAGCGUCAUUAAGAAUGAGAGCGUGGACGCCGACGCCACCAGCAUCACUUUCCACGCAUUGAGACCCGGUGCCCUCUACAGGGUGGUGCUGACCACCAUCAGGGCCGGACAGACAUCCAGACAGACGGUGGCAGAGGGACGCACCGUCCCUGCUGCAGUGGGUGAGGUCACGGUCAGUAACAACGGUCGUAUGGACUUCCUGAGUGUGUCAUGGCGUCCGGCUCCAGGGGACGUGGACAAUUAUCUGGUGACACUAAGCGACCACCAGAAAACCCUUCACACCGUCUCCGUUUCAAAAUCCAGUCCAGAGUGCGUCUUUAACUCUCUGGUGUCUGGACGCCUCUACAACAUCUCCAUCACCUCCCGCAGCGGCACCCACCUCAACCACACCUUCGUCCAGGAGAGGACGCAGCCGUCACAAGUCCAGAACCCGACAGCAACCCACGCCGCUCGCGAGGACUACCUGAAGGUUUACUGGCGCCACGCUGCCGGAGACUUUGACUUCUACCAAGUCUUCAUCAAACACAACAACAUGUUCCUGCAGAACAAGACGGUUCUGAAGACACAGCACGAGUGUGUGUUUAACGGCCUGGUGCCCGGCAGACUGUACACGGUGCUGGUCAGCACCUGGAGCGGGAAGUACGAAACAAGUGCCUCCACCCACGGCAGGACCUUGCCAGCAGCCGUCCGGUCCCUGGCCCUGGCUGGAUGGACUACUGAGGACCUGCGGGUGACGUGGAGCGCUGCUCCAGGUGACGUGGAUCAUUACGAAGUGCAGCUGCUGUUCAACGACAUGAAGGUGUUUCCACCGAUCACUCUAGGCAGCGGAGUGGGAGAAUGUGUCCUGCCCUCGCUCACACCCGGGCGGCUCUACAAGAUCCUGGUCUCCACCUUCAGUGGCCCCAACCAGAGCGCCCAGUUCAUCGAGGGCCGCACAGUUCCCAGUAAAGUGAAAAACAUACACGUCAGUAACAGCGAAGACAGCAGCAGUCUGAAAGUGAGCUGGACUCCCGGUCAGGGCGAUGUGGACGGGUACUCUGUGUUCCUGUACAGACUGGACAGACAGCUGGACGUCCGGCCCGUCCUCAAACACCACAACGAGGUGACGUUUGGCUCGCUGCAGCCGGGACAGACGUAUAGCGUGACGGUGCAGUCGGUCAGCGGAGAGCUGCUCAACAACAACACGGCCACAGGACGCACAGUGCCGUCAGCGGUGGCGGAGCUGCAGGUGGAGGACCUGGGAUCCACUUGCAGCCUGCAGGUGAGGUGGCAGGAAGCUCUGGGCGUCUCCGAUGGUUACGUCCUGCAGCUGCUGGACGACCGCGGUGUUCUGCUGGCAAACGACACUCAGCCUGCCGGGCACACAAGGUUCAGGUUCGACCACCUCACCCCGGGAAAGAAGUACAGGAUCCUGGUCCAGACCACCAGCGGGGGGGUCCACAGCCCGGGGGUCAGCGCCGAGGCUCGGACACGUCCUGCAGCUGUCACGGAUCUGUCCGUUAAAGAGAACACCACCACCAGUCUGUCUUUCCGAUGGGCUCCACCUGAUGGAGAGUUCAACCUUAUCGAGGUCUUCCUGUAUAAAGGAGAGGACUCGCUGCAGGAGAAGCGGAGCAACCCCUCUGGUCAGCAGUGCUCCUUCCAGGGCCUCAGACCUGGAGCGCUGUACAGGGCAGUGGUGGUGGCCCAUAGCGGCGAGCAGACCAACCAAUCGGCUGUCUGGGCCAGGACAGUUCCGGCAGUCGUAGCGUCUCUGAAGGCUCACAGUGGAAACCAGUCUGACGCUCUCUGGGUGACCUGGACCCAUGGCAGUGGAGAUCUGAGUGGGUACCUGCUGACCCUCUACGACCCCGAGGGCUCUCAGCGCGGCGAGCAGCGGCUGGGCUCUGAUGCCACAGAGUUCGUCUUCUCAGGCCUCGUACCCGGACGACUGUACCGUGCAGAGGUGCUGAGUCUCAGUGGAGAGCUGACCAACAGGGCCAGCACACUGGGACGAACUGCUCCCAGUCCGCCGACCUCCUUCCUGUUCGGCGGUGUCACCAACACGUCCCUGGAGCUCACCUGGAGCGGCCCCGUGGACUCUGACUACGACGACUUUGACCUGCAGUGGCGUCCUCGCGACCGGCUGUCCGUCAUCAACCCGUAUCACAGCCGCACCUCCGGCAGCCGCAUCCUGAGGGGCAUGUUCCCCGGACGCCUGUACACCUUCAGCCUCCGCAGCGUCAGUGGCGCCACUGAGCCCGGGGCCCCGCCCACCUACAGCACGCCCAUCCACAACAGCAUCCGCACCAAGCCGGAGCGUGUCCAGGCCCUCCACUGUCGUCCUCAGAGCUCUGCCUCCAUCUCGUGCUCGUGGGCGCCCCCGGAGGCCGACUACGACUCAUACACCAUCGAGUGUCUGCACGAGGACUCGCAGGUCCUGGUCUACUCCCGCCGCACUGGCAAGGACGCCACCACGUACCUCAUCACGCAGCUGGAGCCCCACAAACGCUACACGGUCUCUGUGAAGGUGAUGUCGGACCGGACGACCAGUGAGGCGGCUCAGGACAGCGUGGUCACCAUGAUAGACUGUCCUCCGGUGCCCCCUAUCAGUACCCGGAUCAGCGACCAGACAGCGGUGGUCACCAAGUCCUCCAUCUUCUUCAGGUUCAACUGCAGCUGGUUCAGUGACAUCAACGGCGCCAUCAAGUUCUUCACUGUGGUCGUCUCCGAGUCUGACGGACUGGAUGAGGAGCAGCCACAGCAGCAGCACCCUCUGCCCUCAUACCUCGACUAUAAAUCAAAUAGUUCCAUAAAAUCCUACCAGACAAAUUUCUUCCCGAGUCGCUGCAGCGAGGGACUCGACAGCAGCUCCCACAGCUUCGAGCUGAGCCUCGGGACAGGAAUGGACUCGCUGGGGGGGCCGUGUGAGACCAGCAGUGACCCAGGACCACAUCCAGAGACCCCAUUCUGCGACGGACCACUGAAACCCAAAACUGCGUACAGGCUCAGUGUCCGAGCGUUCACUCAGCUGUUUGAUGAAGAGCAGAAUGAGAUCAGGUCUUCUCUGUACAGCGACACGUUCCUGUCACUGCCGGUCGUCACUGAACCAGAGCCGAUGAGCGGCGUGAUCGAGGGCGUCAGUGCCGGCAUGUUCCUGGUCGUCAUGAUGGUUGCCGUGACUGCGCUGCUGGUCUGCAGGCAGAAGGCACGCAAAGUAGUUCAGGAGAGAGCGACAGUCAGAAUGAAUGUGAGGAGAGAGAGACCCGUACCAGGAGCCCACCUGGGAGUCAGAGGAAACCGUCGAUUCUCCAGUCCCAUAAAGAUUCAGAACUUUGAGAGUCACUACAACAAACUGCAGGCUGACUCCCACUACCUGCUGUCAGAGGAGUAUGAGGACCUGAAGGACGUCGGCCGUAAUCAGCCGCUGGACUCUGCGCUGCUGCCGGAGAACCGCGGCAAGAACCGGUACAACAACAUCCUGCCCUACGACUCGACGAGGGUGAAGUUAUCAUAUGUUGACGAUGAUCCAUGUUCAGACUACAUCAACGCCAGCUACAUCCCUGGGAAUAACUUCCGGCGGGAGUACGUGGCGACACAGGGUCCUCUGCCGGGAACCAAAGAUGAUUUCUGGAAGAUGGUCUGGGAGCAGAACGUCCAUAACGUGGUGAUGGUCACUCAGUGUGUGGAGAAGGGCAGGGUGAAGUGUGACCAUUACUGGCCCUUGGACCAGGACGCUCUGUAUUACGGGGACCUGAUCGUCCAGAUGUUGUCGGAGUCGGUUCUUCCUGAGUGGACGAUACGAGAGUUCAACAUCUGCAGUGAGGAGCAGCUGAGCUUCACUCGUCUUGUCCGUCAGUUUCACUACACCGUGUGGCCGGAUCACGGCGUCCCAGAGACGACGCAAUCCCUCAUCCAGUUCGUCCGCACGGUCCGGGACUACGUGAACCGGAGUCCUGGAUCUGGACCUACUGUGGUUCACUGCAGUGCUGGUGUGGGUCGUACGGGGACCUUCAUCGUUCUGGAUCGGGUGCUGCAGCAGCUUGACACUAAGGACACGCUGGACAUCUACGGCGCCGUGUUUGACCUGCGGCUGCACCGAUCACACAUGGUGCAGACUGAGUGUCAGUAUGCGUACCUCCAUCAAUGCGUUCGUGACGUUCUCAGAGCAAAGAAGCUGCGCAGCGAACAGGAGAACCUUCUCUGUCCCAUCUACGAAAAUGUGAACUACAACUCCCAGAGAGAGCUGCUGUGCACCCGACGUUAAAGAUUGUAUUGACCCGCUGAUCAAUAUGUUUGACUACUGAUCAGUAUGUUGAACACUAGAGGAAAAAACAGAAAUUCUAUUUUUAUAUGUUUAUAUUUGAAGCAUCAAAUGUUUUCAAAGAGAGAAAAACUUUAUUUAUAUAAAAUGAAGAAGAACUGUAUAUAAAUUGAAUGUGUUUAUUUGUAUUUAUAUUUGUGUUUAUAUAUAUAACGGCUGCUUUUUAAAUUAUAUAUCGUCUAUUUUAUGAGCUUUAAUAUUUGCACAUAACAGUUAUUAUAGAAAACAUUACAUGAUUUUAUAAAACCCUGUAUGAUGAUGAGCUCAGCUCUAAACCAACGAGAAGAGCAGAAAUGUGUCAUGUGACAUAACCCUAAAUUAAAAUGUAGAAUUAUAUUUAAUCAUAUUUAGAAGCUGACAGAGAAAAUAUGUUUUUCUAAUGUUCAUUUAGAGUAUUAAUGUUGUAGUUUAGAGCCACGGCAGGUUAAGUGUUUGUAAGAUAACAUUUUAGAUGUGUUUAAUUUUCAACACAAAGUUAUCUGUACUUUAUUUUGAAACAACAUCCUGUAUCAUUAAACA